UUGAAGGAACUGAAAAUGUUUUGAAGAGAGGGGAAAAAAAAUUUAGGAAGAGAGAAGAAAAUUUAAGACUUAGGCUCAGGAAGGAACUGAGACACUAUUUUUUUCCCACCGUGCGGUUCAGAGCCUCCGUACAAUCAAUUACAAAUGCCGACGAGUAAAACUGAUCCUUUAUUUUAAUCAACUGCACGGUAGCAUCUCCCGUGCGGUAGGUGGCAGUCAGCUGUUUCCAUCUGCUUUCUUACGCGAAGCAGAGGAGAGAAACACGUUGUUAAUGCAGCUAGUUUACUCUCAGUGGUGACUGGUUGCUGCUGAAGCAUAAAAAUAAAACGUAAAAAUGACUAAGCUGCAGCUUCUGCACCGCGCGCUGAACGAGCGUCUGAUGGCGGCGGUGGAGCAGAUCAUGGAGAUGGUCGGCUGUACGGUGCUGGAGUACGAAGAGGAGACGACCCGAGUGCGGAAAGAAAACGAGGUCCUGAGACGGAGGCUUCGGUGGAUGGAGGGCGCAAUUCCAACGGAUAGGCCAGGCCCAUCAGAACCUGGUACGCUUUCCACCCCAGACGAGUCCAAUCCAUCCCAGCAAGAGGAGAGUGCUGUCAGCUUUAGAUUUGAACUGGGAUCAGAAGGUCUUGUGUUCAAAACAGAGUCCAUUGAUCACCCGUUGAAUGUUAGACCUGAAAGCAGCCUCGCCACAUUACCUCAAAGCACUGAUCAGGGAUCUGCCGUUGCUGGGACAAGUGCUGGUGUCGACUAUGGCCUGACAGACGGCAUGACCUGGGAAUCUUACCAAAGUUACAUGGCUCCUCUGGACUUUGAUCCAGCUUCAAACAGCAGCGUCAGGCGCUGGAGAGAGCGGUCCAGAAGGCAGAGGAUGUCCUUUGCCUGUCCAGAUUGCGGUAAAGUCUUCGGAAGUAAACGGAGGCUGAUAUUUCAUAUGCGCAUCCAUUCCGCCGAGAGGCCGUAUUCAUACCGCAGGCGCAAAGCAUGCUUCUACGGCAACAAAAAUAAAAGAAACAGGAAACUGCAUGGUCUCUCACAGCCAUCACAAGAAAUUGCAGAGGAUUUGACAGAUGGGUCUGAGAAGACUGCACCAGAACAAGAGCAAGCCAGCUCAACUACCGAGAGUGACACAAGUAGUGAUAAAGAGCCACAGAACAGUACUGCCAACCCGUUGCAUCUUGUACACAGGAAAAGAGGAAGAAAGAUCAUGCCUCGUUGCCCUCAUUGCAGUCGGGUGUUUACACGGCCCGGUCGGUUAGAAGCGCACAUAAAAAGACACAUGAUGGAAGCAAGGAGACAUCCUGUAAACCUCCCAAACACAACAUCAUCAAGGAAUGAGAUGGUGGAUGAGAAGAGGAAACCACCCAAGAAGCAAAUGAUCGAAAAUAAUGAUGCAGUGAAGAAGGCCAGAGGUGCAGGCCAUGAAAAGGCUUUAUUAAGCAAAAGGCUUAAGAUAAACAUGCCAGUCCAGAAUGAGCUGUCUAAAGGAAAAACAAAGGAGGCGAUGCCUAAACACAUUGGAAGUACUAAAGUACAAAGUAUGGAAAGAGUGAAAGUGCAAAAGAAAAUAUAUCCCUGCCCACAUUGCAAUAAAGUGUUUACUCGUAAAGGAUGGCUGUGGCCGCACAUUAAGGUGCUUCACUCUAAAGAGAAAAGAAGUAGUUACUUUGACAUCUUGCCUGACAGUGGCCUGACAAGAUCACGACGACCCUUCACCAAGGUAUUUCAGAAUGGCACAGCUGAGGCAGAGGGAGUUUCCCUGGUGUCAAAACCAAAAAACGUCAACCUGAUCGUUAUUCUGCCCAAAUUAAAUAUAAAUGAGGCAGUACUUAAUGCAUAUGGCCAUAAGAUGGUCACUGAUGAGCCAAAGAGAGCUCCUGAGGAAUCAAAAAAAGACGCCUCAGACUGUGAUGGAGAAACAUCAGGUGCUAACAGUCUGAUGAAGAUGUUUCCAUGUGAAGUAUGUGACAAAGAGUAUAUGUUGGAGUGGAGGCUGAAGAAACAUAUGAGGAUGCACAUGAAACAAAAGUUAAUUAAGCAAAGUAAAAGAAAAUGGAUGUUUAUGGAUGCUGAACAAAAUCUAAUUGACAUGAAGCUUAAGGAACAAAAACAAGCAAGCGGAGAAGCAAAUAAACUGAGGGAGGAGAAAAUGCUUCAUGGCAAGAGGUCAACGGAGCCAAAUAAUACGCAAUCAAUGGAAGACACUGAAAUGAUGGUAAAGAAGGAACGUGGCCAUUGUGUCUGUAAAUAUUGUGGCAAAGUCUAUGCCCGUGCGAACUGGUUGAAGACACACAUACGUAGACAUCAAAACGAAAAGCUGAAACCGAUAAGAUGCAGAGCAAAGAAGAAAACCCCAAUGAACAGAGCGGCAAAACCAGAGGUCAAGGGACAUUUCCCUGCCCAAUUUGUGACAAAAUUUUCACCAGGGAAAUGCGGUUGUUGAUGCACAUGCAGAUUCAUUCUGGUGAUAAACCGUACUCCUAUCGGCAGCGCAAGGCACAGUUUUAUGGUGACAUAAGUUGCAGACUCCCAAAAAUCCAUAAUAAGGAGUUUCCACCAUUAAGUGAAAACAGGGAUGAGUCUGAAGAAUUUGUGGGCGAAGAAACAAUGAAUGAGGACAAAUCUGCACAUCUGAGCAUCAGUGCAAGUGAUCCAGUGUCUCAAUCGCUCUGUCAACCACCGUCUGUACUGGCAGCCUCAGCUUUCUACCUCAGACAGCUACUGAGCAGUCUAAUCAAAGAACCGAAUCAGAGUUAGUCAGUGAUGUCAUUAGCCACUUGAAUUUGCAGCCCAGGAUUGUUCUAGAACCCCUUAUGACUGAUUGCAGGUACUGAAGCACAGUGCCUCGGGUAGGUGACUUCAAAGCUGACAGUUCUGAAAGAAGUGGCUUUGAUCUUGGACAAACGGCUGAUGUUUUGGAUGAUCAUAAUGUAGUUUACAACGCUGACGUAAGCAACAAUGGUAUUUCUGAGACGGACAUUGUCUGUGUGGAGGUUGAAUCCCUGCAGCAAAUUUCUCAAUCAGAGCUUGACAACACAGGGGUCCCACAGGCCACUGAAUCCUCUGUGGGGAAUAACUCAGAGGGAUGACAAAAAGAGGUUUCAGAGAACCAGAUACUAUUGAUAGUAAUAGAUGAUGAACCAGAACAGUCAGCAACCCAAACAAGCACUAUUGCAAGCAACUUGGAAUCAACCAGUUCAGGGCCAAUAGCUGAAAAUGCCCCAUCAGGAUGUGGAAAGACUAAUUAUGAUUGUGAAGAGAUUUCUGCUCUGAAGUUAACUGUUGUGCGACAGGCUCCACUUUUAGAUAGCGUGUUCAAAGAAACCACUUCUGGUGCCAUGCAGAAGAACAUUAAUCCAGAAUUACUUUGUGUUGUCCUCUCAGACAGUGAAGAUGAUGUGGAUGAUUAUGCACUGAGUCCUUCUAAAGGUUUAGAUAAAAAGAAAACAACCUUAGUGGCUAGCAUACCAAAAUAAAAAUGAGAUGUGAGCAGCACUGUCAUACCCGAAUCAGUGAUUAAGACUCCAAAUAAUGACUCCCAAAUUGCAGCUCCACAUUCCACAACUAUUGACAGUGCCUCACAACAAACUGAUGCUAAUUCUGAUGUUGAGUUUGUACCGAAUGAAAGAAAUGAUCAGAGUAUCUCUAAUGAUCUACUCAUUAGAGACCAGAGGGCCUCUCCUGGCGUCAAACAAACAAAGGACAGCUCGAUGACUCAGUAGGAGAUGAAAAUUUCUGGUUUGACAUUUGUUGGUCAAGAAUCUUUGUCGCAGCACUUACAAGUUCAUGCUGAUAAGAAACUGCAGGACAUGGAGAUUGUCAUUGGCAAUGAGAGAAAAAAUAAGAAACAAGGUGUAAAUAACCAGGUAUUACAAAGUAUCAGAUUAAAAAAUAAAUCUGUUGUUAAUAAAUCUGUGAAAAUGUGAAGAGAGUUGUAAAUAUAUGAACAGAGGAUUUUAAGUAUGGUUCUUAAUUUAGAUUAAAUUAUAUUGUUUCCUUUUAAAUCUUUUCUCAAUGAAGAGGCCAGAAUAUGGUGGAGAUGAUCCAUCAAACAACUCUGAAAUCUCAGGGGAAUGUGACACCUCAAUAAAACAGAUUGACCCCCUUUUUUCUUUAUACAAGGCUGAUUAGUCUGUAAAAAGUUCUAAGAACUUUGGAGUGCUCACAACUAUUUCUAAGGGCAGCGGAGAACAAAAAGUAUAUUGCUGGUUUGGUGGGGAGGCACGAAGAAAUAUAUAACUGCACCCAAAGCAUGAACACCCAAGGGAAGUGGUAAAAGUGGAAUAGUUGUCCAAAUGUUCUUUCUCGGGUUGUUUUCUAUUUUAUUAUGCAAUAUUUUUUGUAAUGCAAACUCAUGGCUAGUGCUGCCCUUUGACCAUACAAUUCUUCUAGUGUUGCAGUAAUAUUGAAAGUGCUGGAAAUUUUGGGUAGCUACUUGCCUUUUGGCACUAAUAUGCAAAAACUGACCAUAUAAAGCAUUUGAAAGAUUAAAGCUGAAAUAAUAUUAAAUAGGAUGCAUUAUCAACAAGCUCCUUUGAAAAAGUUCUAGAUGGCCCUGAAUGCCAAACCAAGUCCAGUAAUGAAAAGUCCAGAUUGUUUAAGAUACAUUACUGCUUUUACUGCAAGAAAUCACAUUAUAGAAUGAUUGCUCAUCUUAGUGAACCUGAGGUUGCAAAAGCUCUUACCUUUGACAAGAGCUCAAAAGAAAGGAGACAGCUCUUGAACCUUCUCCAAAACAAGGUAGAUGUUCUACACAACCAAAAUUGUAUAAAUCGUAAGCGAGAUGUAAAACCAUUUGCGAGGUUUGUGGUAUCUAGCUCAUUUGAUGACCCUGUUUAUUGCAUCUACUGUUUACGGUUAUUUAGCAAGAAGUCAUUUGAUACACAUUUAGAGCAGUGUCAGGGCAAAUGUCCUCGAAAUGCUGAGUCUAGCAGUAAUGAAAAACUUACUGGAAUAAA